AGAAACAGCUCAUAUAGUUCAUUCUGUUAAAGAAUAUUACGAUUUAUUAUUGCAUUUGAAUUUUAAUUUCUUUAUUUUAUUCUUUUUAUGUAUGAUAGUGUAGUAUACUGAUUGUUUAAAGUGUUGAAUAAUUGCUGCAAGUGUCACACGAUGCUUAUUUAUUGAAGUACUGUGAAUAACUAAUUUUUGAUAUCAGAAAUUGUCAUGUAUCAUCUAUAAAGAUAAAUUUGACUUUAAAUUAUUUGUUGCUCAUAAUUUUAAUUAUUAAUCAAGUAAAGCAAACUUUCAACUAUUUAUAUUAUUCUUGGACGGAUCUUGAUCCUGUUCUACCAAUUAAUUGUCGAAAAAUUAUUACAAUUGUUCUCGAGAGAUAAAAAAAACAGGGAGCAACACGACUGUUUAAAUAUUAUCGGUCCUUUAAAAUUUUUUUUUUUAAUGUAGUCUAUAUUCAGUCUUUUCUUUGUUCUAUUGACCCAUGACUGAUUUUUUGUAGUGUGGUAGUCCUCUGAAAACUUUCUUAUGUAUACAGUAUAAAAAUUAAUUCUCAUUCAUUUCGUUUCAUGGUGUAUCGAUAAUAAAAUCGAUUGAUAUAUAAUUAUUCAAAUACAGAAGAUCGAAAAUGAAUGUAAUCGUCCAUAAACCAUAAAAGAUUUCACAAAGUAUAAGUUUGAACGAUUACAAUUUUUUCUCACGAUCAGCUGUCUUUGACAUUAAAUCGAUCCUCUAAAAACAUUAAUAAAUAAAAAUGUGAAUUGUAUAUUUUUGCAUAAGGACAGUAAAAAUAAAGGAAAUAAUAAUUUAUGAUGGAUGGAUAAUACAAAAAUGAGUGAAAUGAUAUUUGUACUAUAAGAAUAAUGGAAAUGGAGGUUAUUAAGACAGAAUUUGAUGUGCCAAUAAAAUAUAUGAAAGUUGUAGAUGACAGAAUUAGUUUGACAGUACAUCGAAAUUGGUUGGCAAAUUUUUUUAUUGUUGGACCAAUAUCGUUUAUCACCCAUGAUAAACUUACAGCAGAUGAAAUUGCAGCACAACCUACAUUAGAAGAACUGGGAUCCGAUUGGACAAGAAUUUAUGCAAAAGUCUAUAUAAAACAGCAUAAAAAUGCUAUUCCUCUACCUAGAGGAAGACGUACUAUUAAUACCAAAACUCAAACAGAACUGACAUUUUCACAGUUGUUACAUUAUCUUUCAGAAACCAAUUAUCGCAAUUUGUGGAAAGAAUCUUACAAAAAAUAUUAUAAUCCAUGGAGUACUAUUGAACAGAAAGAACAAUCUAUUGUAACUGCUAAUAUAUCUGAUGUAGCUAUUAUGCAGGAAGUAAUAGCAAGGGUAUAUGGUUGCAGUAUAGUACAUGUACAAGAUAGGGUAGUUUAUUCAGUAUCAUCUGGCCUAACAACUGAAUCUCAUUGCAAUCUUCUUCCAGCACUUUUUGCUAUCGAAACAACUAUUGCUUUUAUAAUUUUUUAUGAGCAAACUGCAAAAUAUUCUUUACGAGAAUGUGUAAUGUAUAGCCCAGCAGCCUUGAGUACAAGUCAUGGAAAACCACUGUUUUUAAUUUAUCAACUAUUAAGAUUAUCUAGAGAUUUGCAUGAUCUUGGAUUAGUAUUAGGUGAAGUGACACUUAGUGAUAUUUUGCUUAUGGAAAAUUUUACUAUUCAGGUACUACCAAAGUUAAGUGAUAAUAUCUAUUUUAAACCUAAACUAGAUUGUAUAAAUUUUAUUACUACUCAAAUGACUAAAGAAAAAAAUCACAAUUUGUAUAAUAAAAAGCGUGAUUUAAAUUUAUAUAAAAAUGUACAAUAUGGUAGUCCCGAAUUUGGUAUAAAUGAGAGUAUUAAGAAGUUAUGUGAAAUGUGGGUGUAUAACUACAUCAGCAACUUUGACUAUUUAACUGCUCUUAACAAUCUGGCAGGUAGAAAGUAUGGUGAUCCUAGUUGUCACCAUGUAAUGCCUUGGGUAACAGAUUUUACAUCAAGAUGCGGUGGCAAUUGGAGAGAUUUAACCAAAUCGAAGUUUCGAUUAAACAAAGGAGAUAGGCAAUUAGAUCUUACAUUUGAUUCACAAUCCACUGAGGUAGGACAUCAUGUAUCGGAUGUACUGUCGGAAAUCACAUAUUAUGUAUACCUGUCCCGUCGUUACGAUAAAUCUGUUCUUUGUAAACACGUACGACCAUUAUGGGUACCAGGAGAAUAUCCUGCAUCAAUUCAAAGACUACAUGAUUGGAGUCCAGAUGAGUGUAUUCCUCAAUUUUUUAUUGAUGCAAGUGUUUUUAAGUCCAUUCACGAAGAUUUACCAGAUUUAGAAAUACCAGCUUGGGCAACUUCUCCAGAAGACUUUAUCCAAAAACAUAGGGAAGCUUUGGAAAGUUUUUAUGUAUCAGAAAGAUUACAUCAUUGGAUAGAUCUAACAUUUGGUUAUAAAUUAUCUGGUUCUGCAGCGGUAAAAUCAAAGAACGUUUGUUUACAACUUGUUGAUAAUCAUACAACUUUGACAAAUUCUGGUAUCGUGCAACUUUUUACUCAACCUCAUCCACAAAAAAUUAUGCCAUCUCCAUAUUGGGGAAAAGUACCUCCCCGUUUACGUUCAUCUUUAUUAACUAGUAAAAAUUCAUCUGGAGGUAAAACUAGUGAUGAUGAAGGUCAUAGCUCUGGAUUAGAAGAAGAAGAAUUGCCAAUAACAAUAUCAAAUACAUCCCGAUCUUCACCUUUAGCUUUAAGUCGAUUUUUAAGCCGUUCUCGAGGUUCUCUUCUUACAGUAGAAGAUAAUACUAAAUCAGACAAAACUUCAAACCAAAUAAUAAUCCUUCCAAAGGAUUACAAUCCUAUUGCAGCCAUACAGCAUGUAGAAAUAAUGCAUACCUUUAUAAACAAAACCAGUCAUAAAGUUUACAAACCUAUAAUAGGCUCACAAGAUUUGUCUAUAAAUUUUAAGCAAAUUGUAGCCAGUGGUCGUAUAAAGGAACAACAAAUUUUAGGCUGUUUAAUUGUUGAAAUAUUUCUUUCUGGUAAAUUUCGAGCUACAUGGAAUAUUGAAAAAUUAUCUUUUGCACGAAGAUUAAGUGCAUGUUUAAAUGUUAUAAAAUUAUCUGCAGAUAGCUUACCAAAAUGCAUAAGAAAUGCUGUAGCUUUACUUCUACAAGUUGAUGUUGUACCAAAAAGUUAUAACGUAGAAAGUACAGAAAUAAAUGAGAUGUCCUUUCGUUAUCCAACUAUUACACAUAUGGGUCUGCCACCACCAUCUGCUCAUCAAUUUUUGCAGCCUAUACUUUCCGGUAGCCUAUUCCCAUUUUCCAAAUAUUGCCAAUAUUUGUAUAAUAUAGUUGAGAUGAUACAAGAAUACAAUAGUUUGGUUCGUGAACUAAACUUUGUAUUAAAAUUUGAAGAUACAGAUUUUGUAACUAAGACAAAAAUAAGAUAUCUUUGUAAAAUUAGUGAAUGUAAAGUGAAAGCAAUAGCAAGAGAAUUAGAACAAUUAUUACCACAUAUUGGUGCUGCUAAAGAAGGAAGUUUACAAUUAAUAGUACCUCAUAUACAGCAACUUAUAAAAGAACCAUACAGUGCAGUCUUGGCUACUUGGCAUCUUUUCGAUCCAAUUGCUAAGGCAUUGGGUCCAAAAGAAACAGCAGAUAUGUUUCUUUUACCUAUAAUGAAAUUGUAUGAAAAUGGUUCUGUUAUGGAUAAUUCAUUACAUGCAGAUAUACUACAUGCUGGAACACUUGCGAAAUUUCGAACAACAUUAUUAUAUCAUAGAAGUUUUUUACUAAUACUUAUGGUCAGAUUAGGAUUGCGGCGUUUCUUAGAAAAUUUCAUUACACCACUUGUGGAAGCAGUAGGGGGUUAUCGAGACUAUGUUCAAGGAUCAUGUAUAAGUGUGCAUAGAACAGGAAAUUUGAAGAGUUGUGAUCUAAGUGGAACAUGUGGUGAUAUUGAAGGUGUUCUAUCACCUUUAGAUGAAGAUUCUUCUGCAGAUUCAGAACAUAAUAUAUCUUCAUCUGCACCUGCAACCAAUGAUUACUCCUCUCAAAUAAAAUCUGCAAAUGAUAAUGAUGAAGAAGUAUUUGCUAUGGAAACAGAAGGAAAUGCAUGGAAUUUUCUGAGUAUCAAUCGUUCGUAUAAUAUUGAUUUACAUAUAGAUCUAAAUUUGAAUCUUAAUGAUGAUUUGAAUGAAGAAGAUAACAAAGUAUCACCACCUAGUUCAACUAAAUCACCAACAAUUCCAAUACCAAAACAUUCAGGAAGUGGAAAGCUUAUGAUAGAAGUUAAUAGCAUAGGAUGUGAUGUUGGAAGUAAAACUUCCAAUGAAGAUAUUCCUUAUAAUGAAAUAUCUGGGGUUAUACAUUUUGAAAAUAAUACUUCUGACAAUGCUUGUAAUACAUAUCUUGAAGAACAAAAUCCUAUACUUCAACCCACAGAUGAUAAGUCUAAUACAGCAGUGUUAGAUAAUACUGAUAAUGAGUAUGAUCAGGCAUAUCAAAGAUCUGUACCAAAUGAAUGUACAGUAUCAGAAAUAAGUGCAGAGUCCGUAAUAUGGUUGUCUCAUCGUCUUGGACCUGUUCUUACAGCUCGGUAUUUAUCACGAAAUCUAUUAAGAAUGCUUACUUUAUGUUAUGCUGGCAAAGAAAACUUAACACCUUCAAAUGAAGUUAUCUUAACGUCAGUUCAAGGAAUGGAUUGGAAUAAAAAGAUUUUAGUAGGUGAUCAUAAUGCUGCCAAAGUAUUAGACUGUUUAACUGCUAUUGCAGGAUUAUAUGGAGAACAGAUUAUACUUCUACAAUAUUUUGCACAUAUGGCAGAACUUUUAACAUUAUGUAAAAGAAAAUUGACACAAAGUUUGGAAGGUGGACUACUUUCUUGUUUAGCCUUACUUAAUCAUAUCACACAAUACUUAAGCGAUUCUGUCUUAAUGGACGCGCUUCAUGAAUCCAUUGUUAAGGCAAUUUUGCAUCCUACUGUUCGUAUAUUAUCUACUACGAGAUUUACUUUUCCUAAUGGAAUUGUUGCUCGUACAGCUUUAGCUGAUAAAUGUUUAGAAGCUAUGAUCAUGCUAAGCUUGAGAUUAGGUAGUGCUGUUACGAAAAACCACUUAGCAGUUCCAAUACAACGAUUUUUUCUUGCAUUUGAUAAAUCAUUUAAUCAAAAUAUUAAGGUAGAAUGUCUGUCAGAUGAUCUUGGAAUAAAAGAUUCAAGUUGUUGCCACGUGAGCGAUAGUGGCGUGAGAAUAAAAGUUUCUAAUGAAGGUACAAGUCAUUGUAAUAUCCAAGACUGGAAUAUAAUUGAAACUUGUUCUUCUGGUUCUCCUCUGAUAUGGGAUGGUUUUAGUGUAGAAAUUGCUGAAUCAUAUUCUCCACCAGUUGUAGAAAAUUCAAAUAUAUCGGAUCCUCAGAGAAAUAAAGCAUUUGAAGAAUUAAAAGAAGUAUUUACUACAGAGUUUGCACAUAAAGCAUACAUGCUGUUUUACAAAUGUAUGAGUGGUGAAGCAAUAGAACAAAUACUUAAAAAUCAUCAACACAUACGUAAUCUUUGCCAUGAAUAUGAACAACAAACACGAUUAUCUUCACCUAAUGUGGGUACAGAGCAAUAUAGUGCAUCAUGCCUAGUAGAUUACAGUAUUUCAGAAAACAUGGAAUCUUUGAACAAGGAUGUAAAUAGUUUUGGGAAUAUAUCUGUGAUAGGAAAUAGGUUUGAAAUACAGAAAGAUGACAGUCGAUCUCAAUCAACAGCUGACGCAGUUAUUUUUCCAAAUAAGGAAAUUUAUUCUUUAUCUAGUGGGAGACAGUUACGUGGAAAUUGGUUAGCAUAUUGGGAACAUGAAAUUGGAAGACCUGACAAAGAAACAGCAUUCAACAUAAAGCAGAUAAAACUUCAAAGUUUUGGUGGACACAAUAAUAGUAUUAGAUGCUUAUAUGUUUUAGAUAAUGAAAAUAGUUUUAUGAGUGGAAGCAGAGAUAAAACUGUUAAACUAUGGAGUUUAAGAAGUCAGGGUGAUGGAAGUACUGUUUCAUCAUGUCAAUACACAUAUACUGGUCACAAGAAAUCUAUUCUUGCAUUAACAUUCCUAGAAUCUCUACGAUAUGCAAUUACUUGUGAUGGAGUCAUUCACUGUUGGGAUCCUUUCAUGGGUUCUUUAUUAGGAUGUCCAGAAAAUAAUCGAUUAGCACCUAUAAAUACUUUAGCUGCAGGUCCUUCUCCAUCAACUAAUCUGUUUGUUGGAACGACUGAUAUUACUUUAAGAGUUAUUGAUUGUAGAACAUUCCAAUAUGUCAAUGAAAUGAAAGUGUUGACAAAUCCUACUGGUUUGAUCAGAUGUAUCGCAGUUGCACCUAGUGGCCAUUGGAUUGCAUUAGGUCAAGCAUCUGGGUUUUUAACUAUUUUAGAUAUUAGAACUGGUCUUAUCAUAGCAUCUUGGAAAGGACAUGAGUGUGAGAUAUUGCAAUUGCAAGCUGUGAAUGAAACAACUAUUAUAAGUUCUUCAUUAGACCAAACUAUUGCAGUGUGGAGCGCGAUGGAUGGUAAACUUAAGUUUCAUAUGAAUUUUUACGUUUUUAGAGGCACUACUGAGCCAGUUCAUUGCAUGGCAACUUAUGAACGAGGGUUGAUAAUAGGAACAACAGCAAAUCGGAUAGGUGUUUAUACGUCUGUAGAUAUAAAUGCUCCAUUUUCUUCAUCCAAGCUCAAAUCCGAUGCCUUUAAAGGAGUCCUUACUGCUAUUUCCAUACUUCCUCUUAAUCGAUUAUUGCUGCUAGGUGCAGAUAAUGGAGGAAUAACGUUAUUGUGUUGAUCUUAAUAACAUUAAAUAAAAUUGUCGAGAUAUUACACCCAACUAUAAGAAGAAAGGCUGAAUAAAUCUCAAAGUUGCAAAAAUAUAAAAAAAAAAUGAUAUUAAAAAUUUGGAUCUAUAUAGCAAAUAUACUUUUUACAAAAGAUAUUAAAUAAAACAUAUUUAUUAUUCAUAGAUCACAUCUGUUCUUGACUGAAUUAUUUUUAUAGCUACAUCAGAAGACAUUUUAUGAAUACCAACAUCUGCGAGUAUUUCCUUUGCUGUAUCUUCAUCACUUGUGUUGAGUGCAUCCAAAAGUAACAUUGCAGAUCCCAUCAAUAU